GCUGCUCCUAUUUAUAGGCAAGAGCGCGGCAAUUCCUACUGCCAUGGUUGCAGAAGCGAUAGCAGGGAGGCCAGUGGAAUUCGUAGAGUCAUCGGGGAAAACUGUACGGGGAUGUGUGCUUUCGUACUGCCCUGAGGACCACACGUGCAUCGUUGAUAUUGGAAACACCAUCUCGUUGAAAAUCGACCCCAAGGCGACAAACGCAAAGGUGGUGUACGAGAUUGGGGACAUGUACGAGUGGGUGGUCGGGGACCUGGUUGGCUACCGACUGGAGCUGGAGUCGUCCGACGGCCCGACGGCCACUGGCGUAUUAAGACAGCACGAUUUGGACCUCAAGUGCUCCUUGGUGCGCUUCGACAACGGGGCGAAAGAAUGGCUCGACCUUUCGCAGCGCCGAGUUUACCUUUUACUAUCAAGCUACGACAACGCCUUAGCUUCUACGCAAGCGGGGCCGCCCAACAUUCCGUUGCCAUUGCCCUACAGUCCGCGCAAGAGUCCACGGUGUACGUGGUACAAAGAAGGAAAUCACAUUGAAUUGUACGACGCUACGGGGGAAUUCCAAGAAGGCGCCGUCAUUUGCUCCGAAUACGACGACUUGGCGGGAAUGUUAAGUGUCGCCAACGAGAUCAGGGGGAAAUUCGAGAUGGCCGUGGCCACGCAGCCACACAAACUGGUGCUCCAUGGAUUUAGCGUCUUGAAAGACAUCCCGGUGGACCACAUUGUCGAAGUGUACAGCACCACGAAAGGUGGCUUUCGGCGAGGAUCUAUCUUGAAGAAAGCUGAAAGUGGAAGGUUGAUUCCGAUUCUGUUUGAACACGCGGCAUCCAUGGAGUGGGUGGACUUGUCGUCUCAAACGUUCAAGGUGGUGUGCUUUCCAGAUAGAAUCCGCCCCUUGUCCGCUCGCGAACGAGAGCGACAGCUGUCGGCCGGCGCGACCACAAACGGAGUUGCUCACAAGUUCGUGCGAAACAACCCAGCAACGUUAAACGACGGCGCCACGUUCCGCUUCCCGCCCCUCUCCGAGGGAACGCAGAUCGAAGUGUACCACAGAGAAAAGUCCCUUUACGUCAAGAACACGGUCGUGCGUUCCGUGUCCAAUCGUCCGUACGUGUACGAACUGCAUGCGGUGACAAGUGGAAGUCGGUCCGUCGUCGACUUAGCGGCCAUGCGGUGCAAAGUGCUGUGGAAAGACGCGGUGGAUUUGGACUUGACGAGCCUCGUGGCGCACGUGAUUGAAGUGUUUGUCAAGGAAGAAAAACGAGUGGACGCGGGGCGCAUCUGCGGCUGCAACAACAAGAGUCGCAUGCUGCAUGUUCGGUUCCAAGAUGGGCGGAAGGAAUGGGUUGCUUUACGAGCCAGGAAGCUUAAGAUCAGACUGCACGAGGCUGCGAUCGUGCAGCCCUUGGCCUUUACUCCAUUUGUCCGACCCCUCCACGACAACCAGACCGCCUCGAGUGACGACGCCCGCCCCAAGCCCCUGCAGAGGAGUCAUAGCUACUCCCAACAGAUUCAAAACCCGCCCUCCCCGCAUCCAAUCCGGCGGUCGUUCUCGUCAUCCAACAUGAUGAUCGUGCGGUCUCCUGUGUCCCAAUUGCGGCGGAUGGCGAGUGUUCAUAAAUCAUAUGGCGACAACCCUCCUCGGCAGCAGCUCCUUCGCACCGACUCUAUGGACAGCAUCGAUGCGUACUCGAUCGACUCGGCGAGAACAGUCGAAAGCUUGAACGAGGGCGACAUGAUUGACACCCCAUCGUCAUCUUCUGACUGGAGCAUGCAGAUUGAUCCAGCGUCCAAUCAAACGUACUACGUCCACGGCCCAAGUGGCACAAGCCAGUGGCACCCCCCUCCGAACGUCGAUAUCCACGCCCUCCAAUGGAUAGCCACCGACGAUUGGAUGGACAAGCAGAAGCACUGGGUCGACAACCACGACGGGCGUAGAAUCCGCGCCGCCCCACCCAUCGGGCCCAUUCAAGCUGUUCGGCACAUUCGAACUAAUACACUUUAUAACUAGGUAAAUUAAGGCAUCGACGUCAAUCCUUG